AGAAAACGUUGGGUUGAAAAUUACAUUCCGGAAAUGAAGCGGUUUUGAAAAAAGAAGAAGUCACACACAGUCCUCUCCUACUCUCUCCGCUUCUCUUCUCGAUUUUCUCGAAAUCCAAGCUCUACUAGACGAUGCAGCAUUUCCUGGAUUUGCAAGACAACCCGACCCAUUUCGGCGACCCGAAAUGGGAAUCCAACUCGUCCCAGCUGACUCAGUCCUCCUCCUCCGCCGCCAACGCCAACCUCGACCGCGUCCUCUUCCAGGACCUCGUCGAGAUCGUCCCUCUCGUCCAGUCCCUCAUCGAUCGGAAAGCCAGCAGCUCCUUCACGCGCCGCGGCUCCGUCACCUACACCAAGACGCCUUCCAGAGAAUCCUUAUCCAAGAAAUUGUCUAACAGGAAUGGGGCGCAAUCCAUUCCGGCAAGAAAGAAGAGGGAGAAUGCUGGUAAUAACCCUGACGCUGACAGCGUUUCGAGUAUUUCCUCGAGGGAUUUGGCAGCGGAGAAGGAGCACGAGGAGUUGGAUGCGUUGAGGGUUCAGUUUGAGGAUCUGCAGAGGAAAUUGUUGGAGAAAGACGAACUUUUGAAGUCGUCGGAGAUCUCAAAGAAAGAAGUGAGUUCUGUUCAAGCAAAGCUUGAGGAAGUGAAGCGCCAAGCUGCGGAAAAGGAUUCUUUAAUCAAGGCUUCUCAGCUACAGCUAUCUGAUGCAAAGAUCAAGCUUGCAGACAAGCAAGCUGCUCUUGAAAAGUUACAGUGGGAAGCUAUGACAUCAAACAAGAGUGCAGAGAAGCUCCGAGCAGAGCUAGACUCUUUGCGAGGAGAUAUUUCCUCAUUUAUGAUCCUAUUUGAUGGCUUGGUCAAAACUGAUCCCACUGCAAACACUGAAGAUUAUGAUAUUUCACCUUGUACUGUGGAUCAUCUUCCAUAUAUUGAAGAUUGGGAUGAGACGCAGAUGCAGAAAAUGGAAGCUGCUAGAAAAGCUUACGAAGCUGCUGUUGUUGUUGCAAAAGAAAGGCAAGAUGAAGAAUCCAUUGCUGCUGCAGCCAGUGCAAGGUUACAUCUUCAAUCGUUUGUUUUGAAAACCUGAAGUUAUGGUGGGGAAUUCAAAGGAGCCUAUUGAACCCCUUUGUUUGUUAGCUCCACUUUUUUCUUUCUUUUUCAAAAUUAAGAGUACUGGCUUCACACUAGUUUGUUAGCAAUAUGUUAUUUAUAUAUAACGUAGCAGAGUGUGAAUUCCUACUGAUAUCGUAUCUGAUUGCUCCCAAGAUUUGUAUCCUGCAUGGUAUGUCAUGCUUAUCAUCAACACUUGGUUGGCUGGAGCCGUGCGUUACAAUGCUGUAUCCUAGUAAUUUUGUAUUGUGAAUCACAACUAGAGCAUGGUUAUGCAACCUAUGCUACUGCAUUUGCAUAAUCCCC